AUGUUAGAAGAUUUAAAUAAUGUUUUAAAUUCAGGAGAUGUGACUGGAAUAUAUUAAGAAAAAGACUUUGAGGAUAUAACAUAAGCAUGUAAAUAGGAAUGUAUAAAGAGAUAAAUACCACCAACAAGAAUGAAUAUAUUUACUUAAUAUCUGAUAAGAGUAAAGAAGAACAUUCAUUUAAUAAUUGCAAUGUCACCAUUAGGAAAUCAAUUUACAACUAGAUUGAGAAUGUUUCCAUCAUUAGUUAAUUGUUGUACAAUAGAUUGGUUUACAGAAUGGCCAGAGGAAGCAUUAAUUGGUGUUGGUAAGGGUUAAUUAGCAGAUUAUGAAUAAGAAUUAGCAAUUGAAGGUAAAAUUCCAGUUUUAGUUGAAAUGUUUAAGAAUCUUCAUAAGAGUGUAGAGAAGUUAUCUUAGAGAUUUUUGGCAGAAUUAAGAAGAUACAAUUAUGUUACUCCUACUAGUUAUUUAGAGUUGUUAUAAUUGUAUAGAACAAUUUUAUCAGAGAAAAGAAGAGAUUUAAAUCAAUAAAUAUAACGUCUAAAAGGUGGAUUAGAUAAAUUGAUAGCUGCUAAUGAUGCAGUUGAGGAAAUCAAAAUAACAUUGAAAGAUAUGCAACCUAAAUUAGAAUAAGCUAGUAUUGAUACAAUAAAGAUGAUGGAGAAAUUAAAGGUUGAUAAAUAAGAAGCAGAUGAUACAUAGAAGAUUGUUGCUAGAGAGGAAUCAGAAGCUACUAAAUAAUAAGAAGAAGCUACUCAAUUAGCUACUUAAGCAGAAGCUUCAGUUGCUGAUGCAAAUAGAACAUUAGAAUUAACUAUUGUAGAAGUUUAAAAAUUAAGGAAAGAACAUUUAGUUGAAAUUAAAAGUUUAGGAUCUCCACCUAAUGCAGUUAAAGUUACAUUAGCUGGUGUUGUUAUUUUGAUGCAAGAUUAUAUUAAAUAAAAUGGAGGUGAAAUUAUAUUAACAAUGAAAGAAGGAUAAAUUGGAGGUAAAAAAGAAGAAAACUUUUUUGAAACUGCAAGAAAAUAUUUAUUAAGUGAUCCAUAAAAAUUAUUAGAUUAAUUAUUAAAAUAUGAUAAAGAUUCUACUAAUCCUGCACAUAUUAAAAAAUUAGAAGAAAAAGUUAUUCCUUAACCUGAGUUUAAUAUAGAUGCUGUUAAAAAUUGUUCUUUUGCUACUAAAUUCUUAUAUAUGUGGGUGAAAGCUAUGUAUGAUUAUUAUAGAGUAUAUACUGAAACUAAACCACUAAGAGAUUAAUUAGUUGCAAUGAGAAAAAUAGUGGAGGAAAAAACUGCUGAACUCAAAAUUAAGAAAGAAGAAUUAGAAAGAGUUAAUGCUAAAAUACGAGAAUUAGAAGAAAUGUAUAAUCAAAAAAUAUUAGAAAAAGAAGAUUUAUAAAAUAAAAUGAAAGAAUGUGAAAUAAAAUUAGAGAGAGCAUAGAAAUUAACUGAAGGAUUAUCUGAAGAAAAAGAAAGAUGGGGAAGAGAUAUUAAAUCUUUAUAAGCAAAAGUAGAAUUAUUACCUGGUGAUUCAAUUGUAGCUGCUGGUAUGGUUGCAUACUCUGGUCCUUUUACUUCUCAUUAUAGAACUUCUAUGGAAGGAGAUUGGGUUUUGAAAUUAGGAGUUGUUGGAGUUGCUCAUUCUGAAGGUGUUACUAUGAGAUAGUUUUUAGGAGAUGGAGUUAAAAUAUAAGCAUGGAAUAUUGCUGGUUUACCUAAAGAUGAUACUUCUACUGAAAAUGGAAUUAUCAUUGACAAAAGUAGAAGAUGGUGUUUAAUGAUUGAUCCUUAAAAUUAAGCUAAUAAAUUUAUUAAAAACAUGGGAAGAGAUAAUGCUGAGGGAAUUGAUGUGGUUAAAAUAUCAGAUGUCAAUUUAAUGAGAACUCUAGAAUUAGCUAUUUAAUUUGGAAAAUGGGUUCUAUUAGAAAAUGUUGGCAGAGAAUUAGAUCCUUCUCUAGAACCUAUCCUUAAUCAAUAAUUAGUCAAAUCAGGAACAUCAUAUACUAUCACUAUUGGAGAUAAAUAAUUAACUUAUAAUGAAAAAUUCAAAUUGUAUCUUACAACAACGAUUCCUAAUCCUCAUUAUUCUCCAGAAACAUUUGUUAAAGUCACUAUUAUCAAUUUUGCAAUCACAGCUAGUGGAUUAGAAGAAUAAAUGCUUGCAUAAAUUGUUGCUCUAGAAAAUCCUGCUUUAGAAUAAAAGAAAAUUGAAAUCGUUAAAAAAAAUGCUGCUGAUAAAAAAUAACUGUUAGCCAUUGAAGAUUCUAUUCUUAAGUCUCUUUCAGAUCAAAAAGGAGAUAUCUCUGAAAUACUAUUAGAUGAAACACUUAUUAAUAAACUAUAAACAAGUAAAAGAUUUGCUGCUGAAAUCAAUUAAAGAGUUAAAGAUUCCAAAAUUACAGAAGCAUAAAUUGAUGAAGUUAGAGAAUCAUAUAGACCUGUUGCAUUCAGAUCUUCACUUCUAUUCUUUUGUAUCACUGAUCUUGCCAAUAUUGAUCCUAUGUAUUAAUACUCAUUAUAAUGGUUUACUAAAUUAUUUGUUUUAGGAGUUGAAAAUGCUUAACCAUCUACAGUUAUUGAAGAAAGACUUAAAAAUUUAAAUGAUUACUUCACUUAUUCACUUUAUGAAAAUAUAUGCAGAUCAUUAUUUGAAAGACAUAAAUUAUUGUUUUCAUUUAUGCUUUGCGUCAAAAUAUUAUAAGGAGCACAAAUGAUGGAUGAUAAACAAUGGAGAUACCUUCUUGCAGGUCCUUAAGGUGAUAUUAAGAUUGCUCAUAAUCCUACAGCUUGGAUUUCUGAUAAUGCUUGGCCUGAUAUAUAUAGAUAGAUUAAGGGAAUGUCAACUCUUGAUGCAUUUAAAGGAUUUGAUCAAUUUUUCAUUGAUAAUACAGAUAUGUUUAAAGGUAUUUGGGAUUCUUCAUAACCAUAAAAGGAAUAGUUACCAGAACCAUGGCAAGGACAAUUGACAUAAUUUGAAAAAUUGAUUUUCUUAAAAGCUCUCAGACCUGAUAAACUAGUGCCAGCUGUUUAAGAUUAUAUAGAUUAAUAAUUAAAUCCUAAAUUUACAAUUCCACCUACAUUUGAUUUAGAGAAAUGCUAUAAGGAUUCAUCACCAAUGUCACCAUUAAUUUUUGUAUUAUCAGCAGGUAGUGAUCCAGUUGCAGACUUUUUAAAAUUUGCUGAUGAAUAAAAUAUGGCUAAAAGAUUUGAUUCUAUAUCUUUAGGAUAAGGUUAAGGACCUAAGGCAGAAAGAAUGGUAAAAGAUGCAAUUCAAAGAGGAGGUUGGGUACUCUUGUAAAAUUGUCAUUUAGCUAUUUCAUGGAUGAAUGAUUUGGAAAGAAUUUGUGAGGAAUUAAAUGAAAAUAUCCACAAAGAUUUUAGAUUAUGGCUAACUUCAAUGCCUUCAAAUUCAUUCCCAAUUCCUGUAUUAUAAAAUUCAGUUAAAAUGACAAUAGAACCACCGUAAGGUAUUAGAGCUAAUUUAAUGAGAACAUAUAAAAAUUUAGAUGAUAAAGAAUUAAGUGAUUGUACAAAAUAAGACAUUUUUAAAAAAUUACUUUUUGGUUUUUGUCUUUUCCAUGCAAUUAUUUAAGAUAGGAGAAAAUUUGGUGCUAUUGGAUGGAAUAUUCCAUAUGAAUUUACAAAUGAAGAUUUGACUGUCUGUAAAAGAUAAUUAAAGAUGUUAUUAGAUGAAUAUGAUAAAGUUCCAUAUAAGGUAAUUUAAUAUUUAGGAGCUGAAAUUAAUUAUGGAGGUAGAGUUACUGAUGAUAAAGAUGUACGAUUGAUAAAGACUAUUAUUAAAAAAUACAUCUGUCAUGAAGCAUUAAGAGAUGGAUAUAAAUUUUCUGAAUCAGGAAUCUAUGUUUCUUUAGCUUCAACAAAUUAGGAAGGAUAUUUAAAUUAUAUUGAAUAACUACCAUUAAAUCCUGAUCCAGAAGCAUUCGGAAUGCAUGAAAAUGCUGAAAUUACUAAUUCUUAGAAUACAACAAGAGUUUUAUUAGAAACUGUACUUUCAAUUUAACCAAGAUAAUCAUCUGGUACUGGUAAAUCAAGAGAAGAAACUAUUGAAGAAAUAGCUACAUUUGUUUAAAGUAGAACACCUGAAGUUUUACCAUUUGAUGAUAUCUUUAAGAAAUAUCCAACUUCAUAUGAAGAAUCUAUGAAUACUGUUUUAGUCUAAGAAGUUAUUAGAUAUAAUAGGUUAUUAGCAACAAUGAAAGAAUCCUUAAUAAACGUUAAAAAAGCAUUAAAAGGACAGAUUGUCAUGUCUGAUGAACUUGAAAGUCUUGCAAAUUCACUCUUUGAUAAUUAGGUUCCUCUUAUGUGGGCUGAUAAAGGAUUUCUCUCUUUAAAACCUCUCUCUAGUUGGACUAAUGAUUUAUCAGCAAGAAUUAAUUUCCUUCAAUCUUGGAUUGACAAUGGAACUCCUAAAGUUUUUUGGAUUAGUGGUAAUUUAUUUUGUUUAAUUAUAAAGGUUUCUUCUUCCCUUAAGCAUUUCUAACUGGAUCAUUAUAGAAUUAUGCAAGAAGACAUGUUAUUGCUAUUGAUAAACUAAAUUAUGAAUUUAAAAUUCUUGAUACCCUUUCUCCCUAAGAUAUAGACGAGAAACCUGAGGAUGGCUGCUAUGUUUUUGGCAUUUCAUUGGAAGGAAUUAGAUGGGAUUACAAAAAACAUUACAUUACUCAUCCAAGACCAAAAGAAUUAUAUUCAGAAUUACCAUUGGUUUGGUUAUUACCUUGUAUUGAAAAAGAAUACCCUAAAGAUCUAGUUAUUUAUUAAUGUCCACUUUAUAAAGUUGUUUCAAGGUAAAUUCUAAUAUUUAUUAUUUUAAGAGCUGGAACAUUGAGUACUACUGGGCAUUCAACUAAUUUUGUCACUUUUCUUGAAUUACCAUCCAAAGAUUCUGAAGAAUAAUGGAUAAGAGCUGGUGCUGCUGCAUUCUUAUCAUUAAGAUAUUGA